GAAUAUAAGCAGUACUUGACGAAAAUUAGCCGCACGAUAUAUAAUGAACGGAUGUGAUUGGAGGAUCCGGCAAGAAUCCUCACUCACGACUAGUGUAGGAAACUAGUUAAGUAUGCCAAUGUGGCAAUUGAUCGUGUCCUAAUUUGGGGAAAGAGAUCAUCUCUAGAUCUCUUCCUUUAAAGCCUACGGAUCAAGUGAUAUGGGCUCUUGAAAUUGAUCAAACGGCUAAAAACAAAGAAGUUAGUAAAAACUUUUAAAAGUUAUAAUAAUUUUUUGUCGUUGUAUCAAAUUUCAAGGACUCAGAUCAUUUGAUCCGUGGGCUUUGGAGGAAAAGAUUCGGAGAGAAUCUCUUUCCCUAAUUUGGAGCUGCCAAAUAGAGUUCAUAAAGGCACGAACAAAAAUUUUUGAGUACAAUGGGUCGGAAUGGGUCUCAAGUUCAAAUUUUGGCCUCCGUUGAUUAAAGAAAAAGAGCACAAUGUAUUAAAAUUCCUGACAUCUUUCUGUCAUGAUUAAAUAAGGUAGAUAUUUAAUUCAAAAGUAAUGCUAGGGAGACUAAAUUUACAAAUUAAAUGAAAUGCAAGUUGAUGAUUGGAUUAUCCCUGAAGCGUUGAUAAACGUACUCAUUUCUAUUGGUGACACAUAAUUUAGUUUGCAAAUUUUGUCUACAAAUUUAGUCUCCCUAGCAUUAUCCUUAAUUCAAUUGUAAUUCAUUAUCUCCUAUAUUCUUAGCUUUCCCAAUUCAUGACUUUACAAGUAAACAUGUCAUAAAAAAAUUUCAAUUGUACCCAAAAAAAACAAAACUAGGAAGACAUGGUAAUUUGCAAAUUUCAUUCUUUUAUUAUACAAAUGAUUUAUUGUAGUGAGUUGUUGUGGAUGAAUUAAAAGAUACUCCAAAAAUUAGGAAGAGGAGGAUAAAUGAGAUGUGAGCAACUAGUAGAAUUCCACAACUGCCACACAAUUGUUUUUCCCAACCGCUUUUGCCGCGCAUUCACUGAAAAACCGUUAACAAGCCCCCUCUCGCCCAAAUUUAGCCUAUGGUUCUGGCCAUUUCUACUUCUAUCUCUCACUUUCGCAGCCGAAAAUCCGGUGAGCUAUAGGUUUUGAUAACUUGCCACCGGAAACGAGCGCUGCAUCGCCACCGGAUCUUCCAACAAAGCCUGUGCUCUCAUUUCAAUUCUGAUUCUUUUCGGAUUUUCCGACUCACGGAAAAAAUUAGUUCAGGCCCCAUGGCACCACAUUCCACAUUUGCAAACCUGAAUUUGUAAAUUGGUUUUUGGAGAAGAGAUGAGACCUCUCUUUGCCCAGUUGGGUUAUUUGCGUAGGCUUGGCAACAUUUAUAAUUAUGUCUGCUUCACAUUGCUAAACCUUGUUGUACCAUGCUGAAUGCCUUUCUUCUCAAGGGAGCUUGUCAUACACAUUGUUGCUUUCUUUGCAUUUGAAGUUCAGAAUAAGCGCUGCUGUCCGUGCGCACUACACUCGCAACUUAGGUUCCGCCUGAAGGUUUCCUCGGAAGUGCAUGUCCUGAAGCACUUGAACCAACAAAAUGGGAACCAAGGUGAAGGGCCUCUUGAAAGGCCUCAGAUACAUUUCGCAAAUGUUUGAUGAUAAAGAUGAUGACAUACAAAUUGGAUUUCCCACAGAUGUUAAGCAUGUUGCGCACAUUGGAUGGGAUGGUCCGUCUACAAAAAGUACUCCGAGCUGGAUGAAUGAUUUCAAAGGUGCUUCUCCGGAAGUCCCAUCCACCGGGAAAUUGACUGUUGAAGAAUUGGCUUCCCAAGAUAUGCAUAAAACAAGCCUUGCUGCCCAAGAAUUGGUGCAGCAAAAUGACAUUCCAAGGUCUAGGCACCAUUCCACAGGUGAAUCUGAAGGUUCCCCAACCAAGAAGAGCUCUGAUGGGUCAAAGAAGCAUUCUAGGCGCCAUCGCUCCAAGGAAGGAGCAAUGGAUACUCCAUCUCAUGAAUCUAAAGAAGGUAGUAGCCGUCAUUCAAGAAAAAGCCGGAAUUCUAACAAUCUUGGAUCAGAAUCACCCGGACAAGACCGUCCUGGAAUACCAAAGCAAAGGAGGAAAAAGGGGUCAUCUGAAGGUGGGUCAUCGAGGUCAUCAAGAAGGGCAAACAGAUCAAAAGGCCAGAAUUCUAUGACUGAUAUUUCAUUGGAAGGUUCAGAGCAUGGAUCAUGCAAGAGUACCGAGAGUCCAAUGCACCCCGUUUUCGCAGAAGCGAAAAGUUCUGAGGGGUUUUCUGGCGGGAAUAACGUGAACUAAAUGCACAAACUGAGGUCUUAACAUAAACCCUCGAAACCAAAAGUAUGAGACUUCUGCUUGCUUACUUAAUUGAUCAUUUUUUAUUUUUCAUUUGUCAUGUUGAUAGCUGUGACUUGCAAAGCUGCAAGUGAGAUUUGAGAAGUUUGGUUUCCAAUUUAUGCACUCUUACUGCCUCUAGAAUACGUCAAAACAAAUUUGAGGAGUCAAAUGAGUCUACGACAGCCCGCCCGGUGUUCGAUUCUCUCACUCUAUCAGAGGAUUUUUUCUUGGUUCUUCAUGUUGUUUCCAAACUCGCGUAUGAGGUUCUUCUCCAGCCUAAAGAUUUUAUUCUGCUGCCAUCUCAAUAUUCAGUUUGACAAGAGGAAGCAAUUGAGGUCAAAAACACCACAAUAAAAGAGGGGAUCCAUGCCCCCAAUUUAUGUCAAAGACAGAUCCAGUCUCCGGCGGACAUUCAUCUCAUUCACCGAAGGACUUUGAGUGCUGCUAUGCAUAAUUUUUAUGCAACUCUUCUUGUAAAAACUCCUCUUGUAAAAAAAGAUUUCAUGAAAGAAUCAAGAAUAAAUUAUUUCAAAUA